CCCUCACCCCUCCCUUUUUCCUAGGAACAGCAAGACCAUUCAGUCUAUUCUAACUGAAACAUCUGAACGUGACACAUACAAAUUCUACUAUUGACUAUUACAAGGGUGACAAUACAAGAACCUCAGUGGGAGACCAGUCUCAGCAACUGAUCAGAAAUGCCUGACAUACCUGUGACUUUACAACAUACCCCUCCAGAUGGAGAAUGGGGCUGGGUUGUGGUAUUUGGAGCAUUUAUCUCAAUUGGAUUUUCGUAUGCUUUUCCCAAAGCUAUUACAGUAUUCUUCAAAGAAAUCCAGGAGAUAUUUCAUACAUCAUACAGUGAAAUUGCAUGGAUAUCUUCUAUUAUGCUGGCUGUUAUGUAUGCUGGAGGACCUAUAAGCAGCAUUCUGGUGAAUAAGUAUGGAAGUCGUCCAGUGGUUAUUGCAGGAGGUGUCAUGUGCUCAAUAGGAAUGAUUUCUGCUUCAUUCUGCAACAGUGUUCUAGAACUGUAUAUAUGUAUUGGUGUUGUUGGUGGUUUUGGAUUAGCUUUUAACCUACAACCCUCCUUAACAAUUAUUGGAAAAUAUUUCUUCAAAAAGCGCCCCAUUGCUAAUGGCAUAGCUAUGGCUGGAAGUCCAGUAUUUUUAAGCACACUGGCUCCUCUUAAUCAAUUCCUCUUUAAUAAAUUUGGGUGGAGAGGGAGCUUUUUAGUUUUAGGUGGACUCCUAUUAAAUUGUUGUGUUGCUGGGGCUCUUAUGAGGCCUCUUGGACCUAAACCUGCCAAAAAGGAUGUUGAAAAGGCAGCAAUUAACAGUAACAAGGAAAAAGAGAAAAAGCUGUCAGUCUGCCAAAACAUUAAUAAAUAUUUAGAUUUAUCACUUUUUAAACACAGAGGAUUUUUAAUAUAUUUGUCUGGAAAUGUCAUCAUGUUCCUUGGAUUUUUUGCUCCUAUUGUUUUUUUGGCUCCUUAUGCUAAGCAUAUGGGAAUAGAUGAAUAUUCAUCUGCAUUUUUACUUUCUAUUUUAGCUUUUGUAGAUAUGUUUGCAAGACCGACUAUGGGAAUGGUUGCAAAUUCCAAAUAUAUUCGUCCAAAGAUUCAAUAUUUCUUCAGUUUUGCAAUUUUGUAUAAUGGUAUCUGUCACGUUUUAUGUCCAUUGGCCAACAAUUACACUGGACUUGUUAUAUAUUCAGUAUUUUUUGGAUUUGCUUUUGGAAUGGUGAGCAGUGUUCUAUUUGAAACCCUCAUGGACCUGGUCGGAGCUGCUAGAUUUUCAAGUGCUGUUGGACUGGUUACAAUUGUGGAAUGUUGCCCAGUUCUUAUUGGGCCCCCUCUAGGAGGAUGGCUUGUGGACAUCACCGGGAACUAUAAAUACAUGUAUUUUGUCUGUGGAUUGAUAGUAAUUGUUGCAAGUAUAUGGCUAUUUAUUGGCAAUGCCAUCAAUUACAGAUUAUUGGCCAAGGAAAAGAUGAUAGCAGAUGGAAAAAAUGCAACAGAGAAAAAUCCAGAAACAGAACCCUUAUCAAAUCAGGAUUCAGUUGAUGUCAAAGUAAUGAAGGCACAAGCUAAUUCAUCAGAAAGAGAAACUAGUAUAUAAUAUGCUUUAUUUAUCGUCCAGUUGGCUUUUGUAGCAUAUAAAAUAUGAACAUGUAUCCCACAGAAAACAAUGCUGAUUAAUGUAUUGUUAUGUUAAAUUUCUAAAUCUGUACAGUUGAAAUCAGGAUUUAAAAUAAUCACAUCUAAAUUACUGAGGGAAAUAUAUUAGCAUAUUUGUUUCUACAUUAUAAAGGUCAAAUAAAUCCAUGUUCUACAUAUUAGUAUUAUAGAAGAAUGUUACUUUGCUAUAAACUAACGUGAUAAUAUUAAGAACUACUAUAUAUUGCUGUUAAACAAACAAAGUGAUAACCCUGUCACCCCUGUGGGAAAUUAGAAAGUACUAUAUGUAUUGUACUCACAAUAAGUUGAGCUUCAAACAAAGUGGUAUAUAAAAUAACUUAACUACAGUUCAUAUAGACAUUUUAAUGGUAACUAUCCUGCAUAAACUAUUAACUAGAAUAAAAUAUACCUACAAAUUAUGUAUAUAAAAGUGGUAAAUGUGUUGUGAGAGGUAUAUUUCAAAUGAAAUAGAAAGCAUAAAUAAAUAGACAUACUGUAUUUUAGGAGAGAGUGAUAUAAAAUCAUGAAUGCUGUGUGUGUGUAUAUAUAUAUAUAUAUAUAUAUAUAUAUAUAUAUAUAUGGGUAUGUAUGUGUGUAUGUAUGACAUACUGUAUUUUAGGAGAGAGUGAAAUAAAAUCAUGAAUGCUGUGUAUAUAUAAUGUAUGUAUGUGUAUGUGUAUGUGUGUGUGUAUAUAUAUAUAUAUAUAUAUAUAUAUAUAUAUAUAUAUAUACACAUAUAUGUGUGUGUGUGUGUGUGUGUGUGUGUGUGUGCAGGAAGCUAAUUAAAAAGCUAGCACUGGCUUUUAUUUAUCCAUGCAAAUGCAUAACAAACAUCAAAAUUAACUCUUGAAAUAAUAUUUUUUUUUUUAGAUUUUUAUGUUUCAUGAAGUUUGAAAUAAUGCUAAAAUGUUUGGAAACGUCUAUACAACUAUUAGCUAGAUAUUGUGUAUGCAUAUAUAAUAAACACACAUUUUUAAUUUGUAAAAUUCUUGGGGAUUUAAUUUUUUCAUUGUCAACAUACAAAUAUUUUGUAUAAUUUAUGCUUUGUUCAUUUUGUUUAAAUUCUAUGGCUUGUUUAAUCAUGUGAUAUACUUGUUAUUGUGGGCCGAUUUUCUAAAGCUCGCCGCUCAGGCAAGAUUAUCUAAGAGAUCUCGUUGGUAUGGCGAGACCCUUAAACAUUUUUAAAAAUGUUAUCUUGAGAAAUGUUUAUGUUGCGGAGACUGCUACAUUACAAUACAAGGUUUAAAAAAAACCAGAAUUUUUGUGUGAUUUCUCUCCAUGUCGGCAAGCUUUGGAAUAUCAAGACCUAAGUCUGAUAAAGCAAGAUGUUGCUUGCAUUUCCUCUUAAUAACAUACUGAACAUCACUAUACAUCACAACUGGUAUAGUUACAUUUUAAAGGAUGUAACAGUUAAAACAUUUAUCAAUGUUUAGGUCUAGAAAUGCACUGUGAGUUAGCCUUAAAUUCACUUGCAUAUAAACCAGAUGUUUUUACAUACUUGCUUUGGACCAUUUGAGUUGCCCUUGGCAAUUUUAGAUCAUUUAUAUUUGAGGUCAGUAAAUUUACUGGACACUAAUUAAGAUAUAACAUGACAAAGUGCGUACUUCAAGCUUUCCACUUAUCCCAUGGCAAACUGCCUUGAAACUAAUGGAAUAAAGCUUACAAACAAAUCUCUAACCAAUAUUUAGAACAGAAUUUGUUUAUUUUUUUAUAUUUUUCAAAAUGUUUAAAAAAUAAGGUUCAGAACAAGUUUUCUUUAAGAUAAUUUCACAUGAAAUAUUUUCAGAACUGUAAUAUCUUGUUUGUAGUAAAAUAUCCCUUUGUAAUUUUUCUGAUUUCAGUCUUAGUAAAUAUGAAGGUCUUGUUUUAUAUUAUCAUAUGUAA